AUGCCAGCCGUGCCACAACAAAAUCAGAGCAACAUGCACGUCCGCCAGCAGGAGGCAUGGAACGUCCAGGUGAUGCAGUUGCAAUGCAUGUUGGGAUUCUGGAACAAGCAGCAAGCCAACUUCCCGAAUCAGAUGAUGAACCAGAUGAACCAGAUGAACCCGAUGAACCAGGUCGGCAUGGGUCUGGCGCCCUGGGCCUGCGGUGCGAUGCCAAUGGCCUUUGCCCCACAGGGCAUGGGCAUGCAAGGGAUGAUCGGCAUGCAGGGUGCUUUUCCUCAGACCAUGCCCUUCUGCGGGCCGCCCAACUUCGAGGGCCCACGAUUCUUCGCCUUCCCAAUGGCACCGGUGCAGCAGCAGGAUCCCAAUAUGGCACAGAUGGGGCAGAGCUCCUCCGCCGAUUGGGGCCAGUUCCAGGGCUAUGAGCAGCCCAAAGUCUGGCGCUGGGCUCCUCCGGCUCCACCAGCCCCGGCGGCCGCACCUCCCGCCCCAGAAGCGGACAUGCCAGAUGACGUGAAGGACUUUGUUGCCAAAGCAUUGGAUGCCCAUGCCUGCUGGGACCUGCAGGACUUCAUUCCAGAUGCCUCGAAUGCUGAGCUGAAGUUCAUGGCAACCCAGCUGCGCGGACACGUGCGCGAGGUGGUGGAAUCGCCGCACGGCAAUCAUGUCCUCCAACGCAUGUUGGAGUUCAUGCCGGCGAAGUCGUUGCAUUUCGUGCUCGAAGAGAUGCUUGCCUGGGCGCCUGCGCCGGUGCUUGCACGCCACCGCUAUGGCUGCCGCGUGCUGGAGCGCAUCUUGGAGCACUUCGCUGAGCCCGCCAUCAAGGGAUUGCUGGAGGAUCUCUUGUACUAUGCCAAGGAGCUGUGCCUUCAUCCCUUCGGAAACUUUGUCAUGCAGAUCUUCAUGGAACACUCCCCGACAAGCUACCGCAAGGCAUUGAUCGAGAUCAUUGCACAGAACAUUGUCCCCAUUGCUGGGGACCACAACGGCUGCGCCGUCCUGGAGAAGGGCCUGAGCUGGGGCAAGGACAAUGAGCGCAAGACCCUCGUGAAAGCCAUCCUCAAGGUGGAAGGCUUGCUCCCAGCCAUGAAGACUCUCCGCGGCGGAGCCAUGGCCAUCGAGGGCGUCUUGGGCAUCGCCACCGGGUGGGCCUUGAGCGAGGCCCAGCGUCAGCUGUCCGGAGGCUCCGCAAAAAUGAUCAAGAGCCGUGGAAGGUGGCGUGCACAGGAUCAGCAGCGCCGCGGCCGUCGCUCCUAG